AUGAACACAGAAUUAAAGGUGAAGGGAGAAGAUGAGGAAGAGAAUAAUCUGGAAGUACGAGAAACCAAAAUCAAGGGUAAAAGUGGAAGAUUCUUCCUGGUCAAGCUCCCAGUUGCUCUGGAUCCUGGGAGCAAGAUUUCAGUCAUCGUGGAAACAGUCUUCACCCAUGUGCUUCAGCCCUAUCCAACCCAGAUAACACAGGCAGAGAAACAGUUUGUGGUUUUUGAGGGGAACCAUUAUUUCUACUCUCCCUACCCAACGAAGACCCAGACCACUCGCGUGAAGCUUGCUUCCCGAAACGUGGAGAGCUAUACCAAGCUGGGGAACCCCACGCGCUCUGAAGACCUCCUGGAUUAUGGGCCUUUCAGAGAUGUCCCUGCUUACAGUCAGGUGGGGCCAAGUGGCGUCCUGCAGAGUGACUCUUGGCUGAUAGCCUGGGGUGGCUUGGGGUGCCUGCAGCUUCUUGAAGCCGUGUCCACUUCCUUGCAGACCAUCCUGCCUGCUGCUGCCCAGGACGUUUAUUACCGGGAUGAGAUUGGCAAUGUUUCCACCAGCCACCUUCUCAUUUUGGACGACUCUGUGGAGAUGGAGAUCCGGCCUCGAUUCCCUCUCUUUGGCGGGUGGAAGACACAUUACAUGGUUGGCUACAACCUCCCAAGCUAUGAGUAUCUCUAUAAUUUGGGUGACCAGUAUGCACUGAAGAUGAGGUUUGUGGACCAUGUGUUUGACGAGCAAGUAAUAGAUUCUCUGACCGUGAAGAUCAUUUUGCCUGAGGGGGCCAAGAACAUCCAAGUGGACAGCCCCUACGAGAUCAGCCGGGCCCCGGACGAGCUGCACUACACCUACCUCGACACCUUUGGCCGCCCCGUGAUCGUGGCCUACAAGAAGAACCUGGUGGAACAGCACAUUCAGGACAUUGUGAUCCACUACACCUUCAACAAGGUGCUGAUGCUUCAGGAGCCCCUGCUGGUGGUCGCUGCCUUCUACAUCCUGUUCUUCACCGUCAUUGUCUAUGUGCGCCUGGACUUCUCCAUUACCAAGGAUCCAGCUGCGGAGGCCAGGAUGAAGGUGGCUUGCAUCACAGAGCAGGUUUUGACCCUGGUCAACAAGAGGAUAGGCCUCUAUCGUCACUUUGACGAGACCAUCAAUAGGUACAAACAGUCUCGGGAUGUCUCCACCCUCAACAGUGGCAAGAAGAGCCUAGAGACUGAGCACAAGGCUGUGACCAGCGAGAUCGCAGUCCUGCAGUCCAGACUGAAGACAGAGGGCUCUGACCUGUGUGACAGGGUGAGUGAAAUGCAGAAGCUGGACGUGCAGGUCAAGGAGCUGGUGCUGAAGUCGGCGGUGGAGGCCGAGCGUCUGGUGGCUGGCAAGCUCAAGAAAGACACCUACAUCGAGAACGAGAGGCUCAUCUCAGGGAAGCGCCAGGAGCUGGUCACCAAGAUCGACCACAUCCUCGAUGCGCUGUAGCCCUGUGUCCAGGGCCCUGUGCCUGCACGCGAGAGCAGAGGGUAGGUAGGUGGAGGGGGGCGGCGCCGCAGCCCAGAGGCCGGGCCCUGCCGGCCUUCCUGGUUGUGAGCUUAGAGAACUCCACCACCAAACACCACCGUGUUUUGAACAAAGGCAUUUCAGCAGUCCAUGUUUUCCCCCUUCUUCAUCUUGCAGUCCUUCUAACUUUUGAUGUUUGGUUAUUUUGUGAGUGUAUACAUUUUGUUUUAUUUUCAAAGCACGUGUGACCAAAUGAAAAUAAAUGCUUUCUUAGUACUUUCCA